AUGACUUCACAGCUAAAUUAUAGCGGAAACAGCAGUACAGAUCUGGAAGACCAGGGAGAUGAUAAAACCAUUCAACCCGACUUUGCGAUUCUAAAAGCUGGAGUUUUGGGACUGAUUUUUGUCGUGGCCACAUGUGGGAAUUUAUGCCUUCUAUAUACACUUUGGACGAAACGAAAACGAAAUACAAGGACCCAACUGUUCCUCCUUCACCUGUGCUGUGCAGACCUAGUGGUGGCUUUCUUCCAAGUACUCCCGCAGCUAUGCAUAGAGAUUACGCACCGGUUCCUGGGUUCAGAUUUCGUUUGCAGGUUGGUGAAAUAUCUUCAGGUGGUCGGCAUGUUCGCCUCAACAUACAUGAUAGUGGCCAUGACCAUAGAUCGGUACCACGCAGUCUGCAAACCCAUGGUGUCGUUCUUUAAGGGUUCUUUUAGGAGGUACGUCGCCAUCGGGGCAGCGUGGCUUAUCUCCUUGGCUUUCAGCACCCCGCAAUUAUUUAUCUUCUCUCUCCAAGAAGUAGAGGCAAACCUGUUUGAUUGUUGGGCGUCAUUUAUCGAACCGUGGGGGUCCAAGAUAUACAUCAGCUGGAUGACUUUAGCAGUUUUUGUCAUACCGGCAAUCAUUUUGCUGUUCUGCCAGAUUAAAAUAUGCACGGGGAUAUACUUCAACAUGAAGAGAAAGGCGCUCCAGGCUAACACGAGCGACGGGCGCACGAGCGCCAAGGGGGUCUCGAACGCGAUGUUGAAAACGGUCAAAAUGACUUUUGUGAUCAUUAUGGCUUAUUCAGUAUGCUGGAGCCCCUUCUUUGUGGUUCAGUUGUGGUCGGCAUGGAGUCCCACUACCGCGCCCACAAAUGGUCCCAUGUUUGUCCUAAUCAUGUUGUUGGCUAGUCUGAACAGCUGCACCAACCCCUGGAUCUAUCUUUACUACAGCUAAGAGACAUACUCACUGCUCAUGUCCUGUUAUCGC